AGAACAUAAGCACAAUGCAAGUCGGGAAUAGCGCCAACGGCGUGCCGCCCAGCAGGCGUGUGAGGUGUUGCAAGGAAUUGUGCUUUAGCAGCAGUCAAACGUCCCAAAAAAGUAUUUCGACUUCCUUUAGGAACUAUGCUAAUGUGUAGAUAGAUACAACAUUUCUCCGAACUGGCGGCGCUUUAUUGGCUUUAUUGAACUUCAGAAGACGAUAGGCUUAAGGCAAACGUGGUUCUCGCUUGCACAUUUGAACCAAUUACAAGAUGUUAAUGGCUAAAACAGUUAUGAAGUCUCAAAUCGUCGCCAUUGCUGUCAUGCUCACCGUGACCUUCAUUACAGCUGCGGCUCGUUGGCCACCACGCUGUUAUAAACCACCGACCACUGGUUACUGCUACGGACAGUACUUGAGUUGGUUCUACGAUUAUAACACAACCCAAUGCAAGAUGUUCACGUACAGUGGAUGCUUUGGUAACUUGAACAGGUUUCCUUCGGAAGAAAGAUGCCAACAAAUUUGUUUACGAAACCGCCCUGCCCAUUUAGUCUGCAGUGUGAGCCCAGAGGUCGGCGUGUGCAGGGCGUCUCUACCGAUGUGGUAUUUUGACCCUAGCUUAGGGGUCUGUCGUGGAUUUGUGUACGGUGGUUGCGGUGGAAACAGCAACAAGUUCUCAUCCUGUGAGGAAUGCAUGGAAAGAUGCAGUGGCGAUUACCAUGUGAAAGGAAUAUGCAAGUAUCUUCGACGGAGGUUUUCCAAGCAGUUUCGCAAGGGCGCAGUAAUUCAAUCGAACCCGCUACCAUGGCGACGUCAACAUCCAGCCACAAGCGGAAACCUACUGAGUGGUGUGAAAAGGAUGCCAAGUAGUGAACAAGAUUUUUCGUAUAUGACGGAAUAAAUAUUUAGCUGCACAC